CCUGUAUUCUGUUCAAACUUCAAAACCCUGAAAAAUAAUAAAAGUUUGUACCAAAUGACUUCUUUCCAGUGGGCAGAUGACAAUGUGAGUUCAUCUUCAUCUAUAACCCCGAAAUUCGUUCUUCCUGAAACCCAUAGGCCAAAUCUUGAAGAUAUUUCUCGUGAGACGAUUCCGGUCAUUGACAUGAAUGAGGAUCAUGAUAUCCUCGUUCAAAAGAUAGCAGAAGCUUGUGAAAAUUUUGGGUUUUUUCAGAUCACAAAUCAUGGGGUUAAAGAAGAGUUGUGUGCCAAAGUACUAGAUGUCAUCACAACAUUUUUUGAGUUAAGCCAUGAAAAAAAGUCUCAUCUCGUCUCAUCUGAUCACAUGGAAGACGGGAAAAUUUUCAAGUACUAUGUCAAAACCGAAGAAGACAAGAUUAUCCCUAUGUGGAGUGAGGCACUUUUCCACACUUGGGAUCCUGUUGAUCAUAGUUAUACCUCCAACUUGCCUCAAGAUCCAACUUGCUACAGGGAGACUAUAGCCGAAUAUGGAAUGGAAAUUGGACCUCUAAUGAAUCGACUAUUGAGCUUAAUGUCGCAAGGACUGGGGUUAGAUAAAAAUCGUCUACAAAGCAUAAUAGGAGAAAAUGCCGCGUAUUCAGCGCAAGCACAUUAUUAUCCGGCUUGUUCAAACCCAGAGCUCACUCUAGGACUCCGGCCGCAUUUUGAUCUCAAGGUACUUACAGUUAUAUUGCAAGAAGGAGACGUUACAGGCCUCCAUGUUCGUAAACAAGAUAAAUGGAUGGCGGUGGAUCCCGUCCCUGGUGCUCUUUGUCAUAAACUUGGCCGAGCAAAUGCAGGUCUUAAGCAAUGAUAAGUUCAAAAGUGUACAUCAUCGAGCAGUAAUCAACAAGAAAAAGAGAGUAUCGUUUGCAAUGUUCUUUGGGCCCAAGAACGAUACCUCUAUCGAACCCAUAGAGGAGUUGACUAACGAAAGCAACCCUCCCAAAUACCGUAAGUAUACUUUCGGUGAAUAUCUUGAAGUAUACAAGAACCAACAAGGGAAACAAAGAAAUGUUAAGCAAUUUUUCAAAAUUGAAAACAAUUAAGUAUAAGGGACUGAUAUGAAUCAGAAUUCUUAUUUGCUUACAUUCACUUUUUUGAUUAUGGAUCUACUAGCAGAAAUUCAGGAUGAAUUAGUAAUUGUGGUUCUUGUUUCUUUAGUACCUUUAGUGGUUCCUAUACCUGUCAUGUUUCUUGGAUUAUUUACAAGUGGUAUUCAGACUCUUAUUUUUGCAACUUU